AUGCAUGGACUUUCGCGUCUUACAAGAUUCGGCACCCUUGGGCUGACAUAUCAUCGCCAUUUCAUUCGUUCCCAUGGCACCCUACAGCACAGUCUUCGGGUUCUCGAUGUACCGCAUAUUUCUUGGGCUCGUGAUCCUGGACAUUUUUACGAAGUUGCAGCAGAGCUUCAGACUUCCGGUCUGCUCAAGAUCCGUCUAGGCUUUCCCGAUGACUCUUGUGACUACCUUCGGGAUCUUAUCCUGAGUAUGCACAAACAACAGGGUCAUCGCUUGCCAAUUGCUCACAGUGCGACAAGAGGCUGGUUUUGGGAUGUGCGGCCUAAACCAGCCGCUCAUACAGGAGCUCAUCAUGCUCGGUCUGAAACUAUGAGUGAGUUCUCAUGGCACACCGACUGUAGCUAUGAGGAUCCACUGCCGAGAUACUUCGCGCUCCAGGUCCUACAACAUGAUCGGUAUGGAGGUGGCACGCUGUAUGCGAUGAACGUAGCUAGCCUCAUUGAAUUCCUCUCAUCGGAAACACGAAAAGCCUUGAUGGCACCCGAGUUCCGGAUGAAAAUUCCACCCGAGUUCAUCAAAGACCCCGAGAAAUCAUUUAUUACUGGCAGCAUUCUCGCCCCAGAUCGCUACUCGACUAUUAUUCGCUACAGAGGGGACAUUGUUACACCACUGACCACUCGGGCAGAGCAAGCUUUGGAAGAGCUGAGAGCAGUAUUGGUGCGACGUGAAGUGCAGGCCCACUCAACGAUGCAUCUGAGGUCGUCCGACCUGCCAAAGGGGUCAAUUCUCUUGAUGGAUAACCGCCGAUGGAUGCAUGCGCGGAAUGGAAUCAACGAUCCCGAGCGCCACCUUCGGAGGGUGAGAUGGGAUGCAAGACCUUUCAAUAUCUCCAAUCAUUAG